CGAGUCGUCUCAAUUCGCAACACCCAACUCCGGUCGUUCAGCCCCAAAUACCGCCAAAAUGAAGCUGAACAUUUCGUACCCUGCGAACGGCUCGCAGAAGCUGAUCGAGGUCGAGGAUGAGCGCAAGCUCCGUCACUUCAUCGAGAAGCGCAUGGGCGCUGAGGUCCCCGCCGACCCCCUUGGUGAUGAGUGGAAGGGCUACAUCCUCCGCAUCACCGGCGGUAACGACAAGCAGGGUUUCCCCAUGAAGCAGGGUGUCAUUGCCCCCAACCGUGUCCGCCUUCUCCUUUCCGACGGCCACUCCUGCUACCGUGCCCGCCGCACCGGUGAGCGCAAGAGAAAGUCCGUCCGCGGUUGCAUCGUCGGCUCUGAUCUCUCCGUCCUUGCCCUCGCCAUCGUCAAGCAGGGCGAGCAGGACAUCCCCGGCCUCACCGAUGUCGUCCACCCCAAGCGUCUCGGCCCCAAGCGCGCCACCAAGAUCCGCCGCUUCUUCGGCCUCAGCAAGGAUGACGAUGUCCGCAAGUACGUCAUUCGCCGCGAGGUCCAGCCCAAGGGUGAGGGCAAGAAGCCCUACACCAAGGCUCCCAAGAUCCAGCGCCUCGUCACUCCCCAGCGCCUCCAGCACAAGAGACACCGUCUCGCUCUCAAGCGCCGCCAGGCCGAGAAGGUCAAGGAGGAGGCUUCUGAGUACGCCCAGAUCCUCGCCAAGCGCAUCGCUGAGGCCAAGGUCCAGAAGGCCGAUGCCCGCAAGCGCCGCGCCUCCUCCAUGCGCAAGUAAGCGUUCGGAGUCAGGUGUGAUGGAUGAUAUCCGGUUGCUUUCACGAAUUCGGUCAUGGCGCGGUUAUCUGUUGACUCGACCGGGGGGCAUGUUUGUUGUGUGUACCUGAGCACCCAUUAAAAAAGGGCUUUCCACGACAACCAAUCAGGAAUUGAGUCUUCAAUGAGUUGAUACCAAAACCAACGAGCAGCGCUUCGCUUCGGGUUCGCGUUAUACGGAAUACUAUGACGGGGACCCUUUUGAUACCAAUACUCCCGCCUGAUCAUUGACAUAUUUGGGGAAGGAGGCAACUGAGGUAGAUUUACAAUCAACAAUGGGUCUGAAUUGUUCGCUUCAUAUGGGGUUCUUUUGGCUCGCUUCUAUUUGUGAAUUCAUGUCCGUGUAAGGAUUUGGGAGCAACGUGCGGGAAGGAGCAGGCUUUUAAAAGUUGUCAUGACAUUCAUAUCCAAAGCAAGCAAAUGGCAUUGUAUCACAUGCAAUUCUUUGUCAAACCUUAUU